UACUGCACCAGUCCCACUCCCUUGAAACUCGGAAGCCAUCGCCAGAAGCUCCAGUCCCUCGGAAGCUCAGCUUUCGCUCCGCUCUCUCGAAAGCGCUCGCCAGUCCAUGCGUUAAGAGCUCGUAAUUUCUACUCUACAGAAACGAAUCAGGUCACUCGUAUUUCAGACUUAAGAGGGCCUUCAAGUCUUCGUUGGAACAUUGGUUUUGCUGGUGAAGUAACGGGAGAGCAAUCAUGGAUGUUGACUCGCAACCAACCAUGGAGGAAACCAUUUUGGUGGGUGAUGAUUUAAUGAUGGGGCCGCCAUCACCUAUCAUUCCACCUGAAAUUGCAUCUCACGUGCUUGAAGGUGUUGAUUUAUGUGAUGGGAUAUUGAGAAAUCUCUUUUUAUGCUUGCAAAUAAAUGAUAUAGAACCUUUCUGUCAAGAUGAAAUAGCUGUUUAUCGACGGUGUGCUGAAAAACGGGAUAGAGAACUAAGACAACGGCUUCAAGACAGUGAACAAAAAUUAGGGUCAUCAAUGCCUCUAGAUGCAGCAAAGGAAAGAGCUACACAACUUGAAUCAGAAGUUACAUUAUUGGAGAGACGCUUGAUUCUUGCUAGUGGACUUGAAGGCGUUGAAGGCUUCCGUCAAAGAUGGAGUUUGCACGGUCGGCUCACCGAUACGAAGAAAAGGCUGGAAUCUUUAAAGCAGGGAAUCGAGAACAGGAGAAACGAUGAGCCACGGGAGAAAACGUCAUCUUCGAAACGAUGGUUCUUUUAGU